UAGCGGAAAAGGCAAAGUGACUUGUGUAUGGUGGGAUCGUACUAUUCACUGGGACCCCUCCAGUGCGUUCGGCUGCCCACACACUUAUUCCGCGUUUAUUUUGGAUUACGUGUUGGGGGCGUGGCCGAGCGAGGUGAAAGGUGACAAGUGAAAGGUGACAAAAACCCGGCUGCAGGAAGAUGGCUGAGAAGCAGCAGCAGCAGACAGGUCAUGUUGAGGAUGAGAUCCCUCCGUCCCUCGUCGGACACACGUUCAUUGUGCCAAAGAAGGAGAUUAACAUGGUUCCAGACAUGAUGAAGUGGAAGCGAUCACAGGCCUACACAGAUUACAUGGGAUUCGUACUCGCGCUGAAUGAGGGAGUCAAGGGGAAGAAACUGACCGAUGAUUAUAAAGUCUCAGAGCGGCUCUUCCAGGAGGGAACAGGUGACCGCAGAGCAGGGGCUGGAAAUGGAUUUUUUUGUGGUGGCUCGGCGAGUUCAGGAGAAGGGCAGCAGAUAGGUUGGCGUGUUGUGAUCCACAAACUGAUGUCUCUGCUCGAUACCUUGAAUCGCUGGAUCGAUGAGAUGCCCCCGGUAGACCAACCUUCCCGAUUCGGCAACAAGGCCUUUCGCACCUGGUACGCCAAGCUCGAUAAGGAAGCAGAGAAUCUUGUUUCCACGGUGAUCCCGGUGCAUCUGAGUGCAGCGGUGCCCGAAGUGGCUGUAUACCUAAAAGAAUCUGUUGGAAACUCUACCCGCAUUGACUAUGGCACAGGUCACGAGGCUGCCUUUGCCGCUUUCCUGUGCUGCCUGUGUAAGAUUGGCAUUCUCAAGGUGGACGACCAACUAGCCAUAGUCUUCAGAGUAUUUAAUCGGUAUCUAGAAGUCAUGAGGAAGCUGCAGAAGACCUACCGGAUGGAACCGGCGGGCAGCCAAGGGGUCUGGGGCCUAGACGACUUCCAGUUUCUUCCUUUUAUAUGGGGAAGUGCUCAGCUUAUAGAUCAUUCCAUUUUGGAACCUAGGCAUUUUGUGGAUGAGAAGGUUGUGAAUGAACAUCACAAAGAUUAUAUGUUCCUAGAGUGCAUCCUGUUUAUAACAGAGAUGAAGACUGGACCUUUUGCAGAACACUCCAACCAGCUGUGGAACAUCAGCGCUGUCCCUGCCUGGUCCAAAGUCAACCAAGGUCUCAUUCGAAUGUACAAGGCAGAGUGUUUGGAGAAGUUUCCGGUGAUACAGCACUUUAAGUUCGGCAGCCUGUUGCCCAUCCAGCCUGUCAAAUCUUAAGGGAUCCACGCCAAACGGGAAGCGCAUUGCUCCAGGGCCAGCACCCGGGCCCCAUCUUCCAGCAUCCUCAUCUCCUCCCCAGUCACAAAGCUGAGCGGGGGGGGGGGGGCUUUCCCUGUAUUUAUAUUCUCCAGCCUGGAAGGAUGCUACUUGGGGCUCUGUGUGGAACACAUUUGGGGAGAGGAGUGAGGGACAGGAAUCCAUCGGCUCUAGCAGUAGUACAUGUGUCUAUAGGAAUUGAGGGUACGUAAUGGGUCUGUUUCUUUAGCUUCACAUCUGCUUUUGCUUUGCAGGAUUGGCAGCAUCCCAAUGCCAGUUUGCCCAAUUCUCUGUACUAUUAGCCCAGCCUGCGUUGCUUAUGUCAUCGUGUUUGGGUUCUAGAAUGCUCCAUUUCUCCUGCACUAUACCAGCAGACAUGGGUUUUUUUUUUUUACUUUGCCUGUGCCAGGUUCCUAAAAGCACACAGAAUUCUUUAAACCAGCUUCUAAUAUUGUUCUGCUGUGGGCCAGGGCCAAACACACAGUUCUGGUUUCUCCUGCAGUCUAUAGGCCAUGUCAGGCAGACUGCACUAAUAAAAUUCCAAACCCCUUA